GACUAGUCUUGUCACCAGUCAAGUCCCCAACAUUCCCCAACAAUAUUUUCAAUUUUGAUAUUAUUGAUUUCAAUCUAGCCUCAGUUUGAACAACGCCGUAACGUGUUUUCUUCUCAUCAAAAGCAUUUCACGGACUCAGUUACCGGCAUGUUACUGGAGAAGGAAAGUGGGUUUCAUUAGUCACGUGGUAGGAAGAAAACGUGAAGUAAAUGACAAAAUAAUGCGUUAUAUGAUAUAAAAAUGACAUUUGAUAAAUCAAAAAUACGAUUUAUUAAUUCAAAAAAAUAUUUUAAUAGCCCAUACCUGCAUCUAGUUGCUCUAUAUACUCAGUCGUUGUCACGUGGUCUAAAGCAAAUCUCAUUUCAUUACCAGAGAUCAUAAUUUCCCCGAAUCUUGUACCGAAUGGUCGUCACUGGUCGUCAAUUAAUAAUUGUCGCCGGUCACUGUGAUAAAAUUUCGAUAAGUGUGAAGGCAUAGAAGAAUAUUUAGUUUUGUGGUAUACCUCGCAGCAGCUGCAGUCAUGUUCCAGGGAGGCGAGGAGGACGACCACCCGUACGUGCGCGUGCUGGAGACGCCGGCGCCCGAGCGGCCCCUGCUGGCGCGCUACCUACAGCCCAUCAGCUGGGGUGGCAUCGGCUUCGCCUCCGCCUUCGUCUUCAACCUGUUCGCCAGGAAGCCGCCUCUCGCUGGUAUCCAGCGGCACAUAGCGCUGGGAGGUAUCGGCUGGGUGGCCGGCCUCUACAUCAACAAGUGGAUCGAGAGCAACUCUGCCGAGCGGGACGCCGUGCUCAAGCACUACAUCCAACUGCACCCGGAGGACUUCCCCGUGCCCGAGAGGAAAAAGUACAGCGAAAUUCUACAACCGUGGAGUCCCCUGCGAUGAGUUGUCCUCUGUCUAUUGGCGUCGGUCAAGCCGCGGUGUGUCGGCUGCGGCAGCCACUCCCCUGAGCUGCAGCGGAGUGGCUGCCGCAGCCGCCGGGCGCGCCGCCGCGUCUGCCGGCGGUGACCGUCCGCUGUGGCCAUUAGUAGAGGUGUGCUAUUGGGACAGGGACGUGACUGGCAUGUUUGCGGGUGACGGGUCACAUCCGUGCCCGGUGGAGAGUCGCGCCGGCCGUGGGCGCGCCGGCAGCCCGACCGGCCGCCACCCGGGCCGGGCGUAGUCAUGUGCUGGUAUAAAGUGAUGUGAUGCGUUCUGCAGUGUGUGUAAAUAUAUAAUAAACAUGGUAAGAUAU